GCCAUCGAUCAGUAACCAGCAAGCAAGCGAGGCAUGGCAGCGACCUUCUCCUCCUACGCCCUCGCGGUCGCUCUCCUCUCCCUGCUCGCCGCCAAUGGCUGCUGCGGCUGUCCUGGACUCACGCCUGCGCCAACACCUGCGCCCAUGCCUACACCUACACCUGCGCCCGCUAGCCCCAGCCCUGACCCCGUUACACCUCCACCUGCGCCCGCUACCCCAAGCCCAGGCUCCGGCUCGGGCAGCACCAACGGCUCCUCCGACGGCUGGUUGGAUGCCAAGGCCACCUGGUACGGCGCCCCCGAUGGCGCCGGGCCGUUGGACAAUGGUGGCGCGUGCGGGUUCAAGAACGUGAACCUGCCGCCGUUCAACGCCAUGACGUCUUGCGGAAACGAGCCGAUCUUCAAGGACGGCAAGGGAUGCGGCUCCUGCUACCAGAUAAGGUGCGUGGGCAAGGCUCACCCGGCCUGCUCCGGCGUCCCCGAGACGGUGAUCAUCACGGACAUGAACUACUACCCGGUCGCCCGCUACCACUUCGACCUCAGCGGCACCGCCUUCGGCGCCAUGGCCAAGGAGGGCCGCAACGACGAGCUCCGCCAUGCUGGGAUCAUCGACAUGCAGUUCAAGAGGGUGCCGUGCGAGUACCCGGGGCUGUCGGUGACGUUCCACGUGGAGAAGGGGUCGAACCCAAACUACCUGGCGAUUCUGGUGGAGUACGGGAAUGGUGACGGCGACGUGGCGCAGGUGGACCUCAUGGACGACGGCGAGCCGACGGGGCCCUGGGUUCCGAUGAGGCAUUCGUGGGGCUCCAUCUGGCGUCUGGACACGCGCCGCACGCUGCAGGGGCCCUUCUCGCUGCGGGUCACCAACGGAUCCGGCAGGUCCCUCGUCGCCGAUCAGGUCAUCCCCGCCAACUGGAAGCCGGACGCCGUGUACAGCUCCGCCGUCCAGUUCGAUGAUUGACUGAUCACUCUUCCGCUGAUCCCCAUGGAAAGCAUGCACGCCCAUGCAUGCAUGCAUGGAUUUAUUGUGCCGAGACGUCCAUGCAUGCAUACAUACCAUGUGUGUACUCGUCGUGUGCUACCUUCGUAUUCUCUCUCUCUCUCUCGUCCCACAUACAUAGUGACAACUUUAGUUUCUGGGAUCUGGAGGAGGCAGCUGGUAUGUGCGCCAUAAAUUUCUAUUACACAAGUAUGGUUAUGGAGCAGCUAUCCCUCAAGCAACUAUUAAUUUGUUUGUGGUAUCUGGAGGCGGUUGAUAUACAUGCUAAGCUCUCCCAUCCAUUUCCCGCAUCCAUCCACAAAUUUAUGCAUGUUUGUAAUUUCUCUUGUACUCCCUCCGUUCCUAAAUAUAAGACCUUUUAUAGAUUGCAUUAUAAACUA